UUCCAAUUUAAAAUGGCAAAGGCUAUUGUGCUCCUCUCUGCUCUUUGCAUUUUGGCCCUUGCCAAUUUUGCACAUUGCCGCCCUGAAGUUUUUGAUGUUGAAGGAAAGGUCUACUGUGAUACUUGCCGCGUUCAAUUCGAAACAAAACUCAGCGAGAACCUUGAAGGUGCAACUGUGAAGUUGCAAUGCAGGAACAUCAGCACAGAGGCUGAGACGUUUUCAGUGGAAGGUGUGACUGAUAAAGAUGGCAAGUACAAAUUAACCGUUAAUGGAGACCACGAGAACGAUAUUUGCGAGGUGACAGUUGUGAAAAGCCCAAGGGAGGACUGCAAAGAGAGUGUGUCUGGAUAUGAAAAGGCAAGAAUUGAGUGUAGUGACAAUGUUGGUAUCCACAAUGCUGUGAGAUUUGCCAAUCCACUUUUCUUCAUGAAGGCUGAGUCUGUUCAAGGAUGCAAAGAAGCUCUUGAUGAGUUGGGUUUAUUCCCCCUUGAAUUCUAAAAAAGUCUUUUUCUUUUUU